CAUAAAUGGGCAGGGUUUCGGGGUAUUCAACAGUGCGAUUAGGUGUACUUUCAGAAUAUUCACACACAAAGGUUAUUCUUAAAAGCAUAUAUUGUCGUCUCCUCAUUACAGCAUCGAAAAUAAUGAAGGGACUAUUGAAUUCGAAGAUCUGUCUGACACUGGCUGUCAUCUUCUUUCUCGCAGAUAACGGACAUGGGGCUCCAGCAAAAGGCCGAUAUAUGUGGCUUAACUGCAGUCCAGACGCCAAGAAUGCCAACUGUGAGACACAGAGGGGUCCCUGGAUGGACUUGCCCGGGCCUCCUGACAGACUCCCUUCAAUUGCCGUAAAGGAUAUAGUGCCAGAAGAGGCUGGCUCAGAGCCGGAGGAGCAGUCAGGCGAGGGUUCUGCCACAGGAAUCCUUUUAACUGAGCAGGGCUCUGGCGACCAGUUGGGCAGCACAGACGUGGACGGGAUUGACUACCCUGGCUUUGUCUUCCCACCGAAAAUGACCAUGGAUCAGGCUCUGCCUCCUGCUCAGGAAUUGAAAGAGGAUCACCUGAUCCUGUAGCCUGCCAGAAUGCUAAAUAUUGAAAUUGUGAUGUCAAUCCGGUUGUGUAAAAUGCAUUUUGCAACCUCUCAUGAUUCCAUGAGCACCUUAAAACGGAAUUUCCAUUUGAAUUAUUGUAUUUUAUGGUCAAUGCUAUCCGCAUAUUAUGAAAGUAGUAAUCCCAUGCUAUUUGACCCAGGUAUUGAUGCUUGGCUGUGUAAGAUUGCAUUUAGGUAACUGAAGUGUGGGCAAUGUAAGUGGUUAUAGCAUCAUUUACACAGUUUAGUUAUUUCCCAUGGAACCAAAGAGAUCAAAUUAAUCGCUUUUUUGUGUGUUUUUAUUUUUAAUACCUGCCAAGAAUGUAAUUAAUUAGAUUUAACCAGUAGCCUUUAUUUUUGAGCUCAGCAAAUUAUAUUUUUCAUACGGUUUUAAAACGUGUGCUUUUAUUAUUUUCUUUUGCAAUGAAAUUUAUAAGAUACUAUAUGAUAGUCUUUCCCUCUUCAAAUAUUGUCAAACAUGAUACUUUAUUCAGAAUAUCCACAAAUGUCACAAUUUGAUAUUAUAUCAUUCCACACUCAUAUUUUUUGGGAAGAUUUAAAUAAACAUGUUUUGAUAAUCCAAUGGUAUUUGAACCAUAAACUAUUUAAGGAUAUGGGAUUAGGUUUCUUUAGUGGACAUGAGUUGGGCUUAUGGUCUCGUGAUCAGGUCCCACUGGGCACACACUGGUUGAAUCAAUGUUGUAUCAAUGUAAUUUGUCAAUGUAUUGUGACAUGAAAUCAAUGUGUAAAAUACAAUGGAUUUGAAAAAAGUAA